ACAAAACAGAGAUGACCUCGCUAGUUGCAGAGGCUGUACAAGCAGAACUAGGGGCAAGAGAAAGGUGGCCUAACAAUGUCAAACUAUAUGAACCAUACCAAGCUGAGCAAAUUAUCUUACCAGACUAUGCCAACUGCCUAAGUGUUCGAACUUUUCUUAAAAUGUGCAGUGCACCAUUUACAAGAGAAUUACGAACAAAUGCAGAGGAAAUGUCACCAACAGGUUCUGUUCCAUUUCUUCAAGUCGGGGCAUUUAUUGUGGCUGAGUUUGAUCCAAUAGUAGCAUUUGCUGGCUUGAGGGGAUUUAGUUUAAAUAAAGAUUUGUCUGAAACCGAGAGAUCAGAAUUGAGAGCUUACUGUGCCAUGGUGUCUAGCAUUCUAGGAAAAGCUGAGAAAUAUCUUGCAUGGCUUACGGAUUCUAUAGCUAUAGAGGUGACACAGACUCGCGUGGGGUCAGUUCAUCCCUGGCCCCUGAACUGGAUGAUUCCAAUGCUGAAAAAAAGUGAAGUGAGAUCUCAUCUGAAGAGUGUGGGGUGGGCAGACAAAUCUUUGGAAGAGGUUCUGGGUGAAAUCAAGUCAUGUUGCCAAGCCUUGUCUGAGAGAUUAGAACAGCAGAAAUAUUUCUUUGGAGACAGUCCAACAGAAUUAGAUGCCCUGGUUUUCGGACACCUCUUUUCUCUUCUGACCACGCCACUCCCUGUUGAUAUAGCAGAAUACGUUAAUGAAUUCGAGAAUCUCACAAAUUUUUGUCAAAGAAUAGAAGACAAGUAUUUUAAAGAAAAAGAAGAUGAUUGAUUUUCUGCUUGAAUAUAUAUGUAAGGUGAAUGAAAAUUGUGUUUAAAUGUUGUUAUUAAAUAUUUUGACUGCUGAAAGAUAUUACAUCAGUGUCUUGCUUUGAA